UGUGCUUUCACUUAACUGUUCGUUGCAUCCCUCUAAGAUACGAUUAGAAGUGAUGCUGUGUGAUUCUAUAACGUUUUUUACACUACACGCAUACAUUUGGACUCAAUUUAUUAUAUUCGCUUAUUCAAAAUCAUCGUGUGACAAAUGUGUAUGGGAAAAGUGUGAAGAUAGCGGAGAAUGUAUUGAUGGAUGCAAGGAGAACCAUUGGGGACCGCACUGCAAUGGAACGUGCUCAGAAUCAUGUAACUUGCAUCUAUGUGACAGAACUACUGGAACCUGUUUGACGUUCAAGCAAAAUUCCCAGAGUGAACAGUUCGGUCCAUUGGAGCAUUAUUGUCUCUUGUUCAGAAAUGAAGAAUCGAAGGCCAGGUAUAUGACGGGGAGAAAGAGGAGUAUAUACACAAUAACCAGGGGGAUGUGUGUAUGUGACUCGUUAUGUAAUGAGGAGGUAUGUUUAGAUGAGACGGGUCUUUGCAAGAAAGGUUGUAGCGAAGGAUUUUAUUGCGUCAAGCAGUGUGAAAACAAGAAUGUAAGCUGUAUUGACUGUGAACUGAAUAAAAAUCAAUGUAGCUGUUCAGGAAGACUUUCAUGUAUCCCCUGUCCAGAGCAUUGUUCUGAAGAAGCAUGUGCCAACAAUGGAGACUGUUUAUCAGAUUGUGCAGAAGGCUGGUUUGGAUUAAAAUGUGAACACAAAUGUAACGAAACGCUUGAGAAUUGUGAAGUUUGCUCACAAUCAGGACAAACAUGUCAGACAUGUACUGAAGGAUAUUUUCCUACCAUAUACGGGAGAUGCGAGCAAUGUCCAUCCUCUUGUCCAAAUCAGGAAUGUAAUGUUACAAAUGGACACUGCAUACAAACAUGUCACUGGACGAAAUAUGGUCAGUUCUGUAACAAAAUGUGCAAUAACACUUGUGCAAAGAACCACACAAGCCAUGUGUGUGAUUCAAAAGAUGGGAGAUGUUUACAUGGAUGCAUCAAAGGAUUUUACGGAUCGCAUUGUGAACACUCCUGUUCAGACAUUGACCUACAUUGCGAACAAUGCGUAGGGCGAGGAGAUGUUUAUGAAACAUGUUUCAAAUGUCAAGGUGGAUUUGAAAAAGACAGUCUUACAUUAAAAUGUUCAAACGAAAGCAAAAUUGAUCCAACUUCUGCAACAACAAAAUCAUCAAUGACCUCCAACCACUCACAUCUUAGUGAAGAAACAAGACCUUCUGAAGAAACACAAAAGGACGCGACUUUUCUGAUAACAACUGCGUGUUCAUCUGUUGGGUCCUCGUUGUUAUCUGUGACGGGCUUCAGUGUGAUCGCUUAUAUGUGCUACAAAAAAAGAAAGCGUAGAAUGGUUACAUCGGCUCCUUCAGGGGACGACGCGGCUCAAUAUGAUUACAUAUCUUCAAUAUAUGACUACAUACCAGGUGAAAGCCUACAACCACACGAGGAGGUGCAAGUAAACAUUGAACAAUCAAAGUAUGAAGACGUUCGUGAUGAAGUAGAACUCGGUGAACUUGUAGGUGCUGAUUAUCUUACGGUUGUGGGUGAAAAUUAUUAUGCGGAAGUAAAUGAUAUUGAACCAACAGCGGAAAUACAGGACAGGGACAUUGCAGCUGAAGCACAAAUGCACCCUUAAAAAAGAAGGAGG